AUGAAGACCUUCCUGCCUCUUGUUUCACUCCUGAUGGGUGUCGGCAUGGUCUCUGCCGCCCCUACCUCGAAAGUCGCCGCUGAACAUGAUGUCGCCCCGGAAAGCGCACACUCAUUCAAGAUCAACGCCUACAGUCCGCCGCCCGCCGAUGCCUUGGACCGCAGGGAAGAGGUUACUCCGGAAGGUGCAAAUCUAUUCAUCAUUCAUUCCUAUGGUGAUCGGCCCUCGGAGCGCCGAAACGAGGACAACGCGGACGGCGCACGUCUCUUCAAUGCUAUCGAGGCCUAUACUCCCUGA